GAUAGGGUUUCAGCUAGCAAAAUGGACGAGGAAUUGGCUAAGGUGGUGGCUCAAAUCGGGCUUCUUGAGCCGCAGAUCCAAGCGGCUGGGGAAUCUUUUCUCUCUGCCCUUCAGAGUGGCAAUCAAUCUCUGGCGGAAUAUUGGCGGAAUGAGAAAGAACAGCUGCGGAAGAAGAAAGAACAGCUGCGGAAGAAGAAAGAACAGCUGCGGAAGGAGGAAGAACUGCUGCGGGAGAAAAAACUCCUCCUCCUCAGAAGUAAUGAAACAAAAACAACCAUAACAGGAUUGGGCAUAUCACAGGUGUGUGAUACUUCCAUCUCCACGAAAUCGCAGUUCAUAUCUCGGUUGGCUCCUCACGAGUCGGCUUGUAAGGCGAAAUUUCCCUCGGCCCGGACACUCAUGUGCGCGCUUAGUAACCUGCCAUGCCUUUUAUGGGAAGGCGUAGGAGAUGGACUUGUGGAGCUCGACAAUCGGUUUGCGCAGAGGUUGUCAGAACGCCACACCACCGUGCUCUUGGCUCCCAGCGGUUCAGGAAAAACGAGAAUGUUGAUUGAACUUGCCUGCAGUAGAUUCACCUUGUUUUUCACGGGGUUGCCAGAUGGAUGGAGACUCGGUUCCCCGCAGGUGAACACGAUCUUGAUCCGAAUCAUGCAGUGGUGCGGUUUGGUGUUGGGAUUUUGAUUCUUGUCCGGCUGAAAUAUUUGAAGUUGCUGAAAGCGAUGAAA